AUUGUUUAUGAUAUAAGCAACCGUUUGCCUUUGUUCAUCAAACCGUUUUCAGUUUUUCUUUUCAUUAAAAUAAUGCAAUUCAGGUGUUUAGAAAUCGAUGUUAUCUCCGCCCACGAUCUCAAUGUCGACGAUCAUUUCCGCACUAUGGCCGUUUAUGCCGUCGUUUCAAUCGAAAGUGAUCACACUUAAGCGCAAAGGACUCUAAUCGGCACAGGCCGUGGUUCAAACCGCCAAUGGAAUCACACCGUGAAAUUCAAAGUCGAUGGAGCCACCGUCCGUCGGGACCUCCUCACCGUCGCAUUCUGCCUUAAAUCCGAUUGUGAGAUCGGAGUCCUAGAAAUCGGUGCGGCUAAAGUCUCCGUCAAGGAACUGCUUGAUAAUGACCAUCGAAACGCAAUCAAAGCCGUACCGAUUUCUUUGUAUGGAAUUACUAAAGGUAUGUUGAAUUUCAAAUACAAGUCCAGUGACAAGUGUAACAAGGUUGCUCCGCCACCUCCGUUUACGGCGGAUGGCGCCAAGAACUUUGGAAAAAAUAGGAGGAAACCGCCAACUAUGAUGUAUCCACCACUUCCGAUGAUGUAUCAGAUGGCUACAAUGGGGUAUCUGCCAAUGUACCCACCGCAUGCAAAUGGUAAUCCAGGGUGGAGCUGCUGGUACCCUCCGAUGGCAGAUUAUCCUUACCCUCCGCCGCCUGGCAGUGGAUAUCCGCCAUAUGGAUACCAACAGCCACCUUUUCGAGGUCAUGGAUAUGGUGGAAUGCGGGGUGGUGAUUAUUUCGAAGAUGCUCACGAAGAUUAAUUUUGAAGAUUAUUUCGAAGAUGCUUAUGAAGAUUUUGCAGAUUAUUUCGCAGAUGCUCAUAAAGAUUUUCAAGAUUAUUUUAGAAGGCUUUUCGUCUUAAUAAUUUUAUUUGCUAUUUUAUGUUUGUUUUUCAGUUUUCUUGCAUUUGAUUCGAGUUUUUCAAGAAUAUGAAAUUUGAAUUGAGAGUGUUUAUGAGGAUUUUAUUUUUAUUUAUAUUUUUAUUAUGUAUAGUGUAUUUAAUGAUCUCAAAAUAAAAAUUAUUAAUUUA